GAGCACGCUCCGGGUGCGAGGCGAUGCGAGUCCGGUGGCGCCGCCAGCGGCACGACGGUGCGAUCUGUCAGUUGUCAGGCAAGAUGGCCGAGCGGUGGUGACGAGUCCGUAGUAUGCACCGCUGGUGGAUUCGCUAUAUCACGGCGCAGCGUGGAUGGCCUAACGAUGGCCGAGUACAUCGACAUCGGCAAGCUCCCGGAAGACGUGCGGGAGAAGCUCGCCGAAUUGGAUCUCGAACUGUCCGAGGGAGACAUUACGCAGAAGGGAUAUGAAAAGAAACGGACACGUCUACUUCAGCAGUACGCUUCGAAACAGAUAGGGACUGGAAAUGGUGGUAUUGGUGGUGGAGGUGGUGAUGGUGGCGGCGGCGGUGGUGGUGGUGACAGAGGCAUUGAUAAAGGACUGGAGAGAACGAGUUACGGAAGCGGCGGAGGUGGAGAAGGAGGAGGAAGCGGCAGCUAUGGCGGCGGCCGACCGCAGCCACGUGCACGGCGCACGCAACGACGCGUCACGCACAACGAAAAACGUUAUCACUCAGAGGUGCGCCAGGAAGCGGUGCAGCAGGCCUUGGCAGCGAUGCAGGGACGGCCAAAGCCAUCCCUGCCGAUGCCAUCGAAGAGAACCUCUGUGAUGGCCAGGAGCCCUGAUCGGGAGAGACGCGACAGUGGUGAAUCCAGCAGCGACGAGGACAGCGUCGUCACCGAGGAGAGCCCAGGCGCAGGUGGUCCGACUGGCACCGGUCUUUCGGACACCAGCAGUACCGGUUCCGCUCGUGAUACUCCACCACCGCCAAGACCACCGGCGAGAAGGCCGCCCGGUGCCGAUAUCACCGACAUUGCCGAGUACACGCCACACGCCUAUUGCAACAUCCAACCGCCAGACGUGACUCACGUGACGAGCAACACUCCGGUUAGCCAGCAGCAAUCGGCGACGCGUCGGCCCGGCGCCGACCGGGUCAAUCGUUAUGCGCACGUGGUCGAGGAUCAGAAUAAUACAGGUACCACUGGCCGCUGGAAGGUUUCCGCCAAGAUUCAGCAAUUGCUAAAUACGCUGAAACGGCCGAAGCGCCGGCCGCUACCCGAGUUCUACGAGGACGAUGACAUCGAGCUAGAGAUCGCUGCGAAUCCGAAGGAUCCGAAUGCUCCUAAACCCGAGGGUGGUUCCAUGACGUCGGCGAUUGGCGAGAUGCUAUCUGUGCCAUCUGGUCUGCCACGAUCUCUCGAAGCCGCGAUUCAGAGGUACGGCUCGGCGACGUAUAAAGCACCUGUAGCUACUGUCUUAGAUCCUAAUGGUAAACUUUGCGUAACGCUCACGUACGGGAAACUGCUCAGUCGCUCCCACAAAAUCGCCUAUACUUUACUGAAUAAGGCUCUAAGUCGCGGUGGCGAUUGUUGCCUAAAACCCGGCGACAGAAUCGCCCUAGUUUAUCCAAAUAACGAUCCGAUCAGCUUCAUGUGCGCUUUUUACGGCUGCUUGCAAGCCGGUAUUGUACCGGUGCCCAUCGAAGUUCCUUUGACUCGACGUGAUGCGGGUUCUCAACAGAUUGGUUUCCUUCUGGGAAGCUGCGGAAUUCAGGUGGCACUGACCAGUGAAGCGUGUUUGAAGGGUUUGCCAAAGACGGCAGCGGGCGAGGUGGUGGCCUUUAAAGGUUGGCCGAAAUUGCAUUGGUUUGUUACCGAGCAUCUAGGCAAAACUCCCAAGGAUUGGCUGUCCCCACCGCGACUCACCGAUGAUACCCCUGCGUAUAUAGAAUAUACCACCGACAAAGAUGGUUCUGUGAUGGGUGUGACCAUUACCAGAGCGGCGAUGAUGGCUCACUGCCGCGCUCUCACGCAAGCUUGUGGCUAUACCGAAGGCGAGAACGCCGUCUGUGUGCUGGACUUCAAGCGAGAGGUUGGCCUUUGGCACAGCACUCUUACCAGCGUGCUGAAUGGCAUGCACGUUAUCUUUAUUCCAUAUGCCUUGAUGAAAGUCAAUCCCGCCAGUUGGAUGCAAAUGAUCACGAAACAUCGCGCAAGCGUUGCUGUCGUGAAGUCACGGGAUCUUCACUGGGGUUUACUUGCCACUAAGGAUCAUAAAGAUGUUUCCUUAGCAUCUUUGAGGCUUUUGCUUGUAGCGGAUGGCGCAAAUCCCUGGUCUCUGUCAUCCUGUGAUCAGUUUCUUUCGGUAUUUCAAUCAAAGGGACUUAGGCCGGAUGCUGUUUGUCCUUGUGCUUCUUCUAGUGAGGCUCUCACAGUCUCGGUAAGAAGGCCAGGACGCGCGGGAGUGAAUGCGACUGGUCGUGGAGUUCUUUCCAUGUCCGGGCUGAGUUACGGAGUUGUCAGAGUAGAUCAGGAGAAUUCUCUCACGUCGUUGACGCUGCAGGAUUGCGGACAAGUAAUGCCUGGAAGUAUAGUAGUUGUUAUCAAAAUGGAAGGCCUGCCAUCCAUUUGUAAAACGGACGAAGUCGGUGAGGUUUGCGUGCAUAGUGCGGCGACCGGUAGCCAAUAUUGGGGUUUACAAGGACUUACUAACAACACCUUCAAGGUAUCGCCUUUACAAGCUGAUGGUACUCCCUUGGGUGACGUAGAAUAUACGCGAUCAGGAUUGUUGGGUUUUCUCGGUCCUGGUGGACUUGUUUUUGUCUGCGGAUCGCGCGAUGGUCUCAUGACAGUGACCGGCAGGAAACAUAAUGCUGAUGAUAUUAUUGCCACCGUGUUGGCAGUUGAACCGAUGAAAUUCAUCUAUCGCGGUAGAAUCGCCGUUUUCAGCGUGAGGGUUCUCAGAGACGAGAGGAUAUGCGUCGUUGCCGAACAACGACCUGAUUGUAGCGAGGAAGAGAGCUUCCAAUGGAUGUCUCGAGUACUGCAAGCAGUCGACUCGAUCCACGCUGUAGGAAUAUACUGCCUUGCCUUGGUGCCGCCCAACUAUUUGCCCAAGACGCCAUUAGGUGGUAUUCAUUUAUCGGAGACGAAACGCCGCUUUCUCGAAGGUGCCUUGCAUCCAGCGAACGUGCUUCUUUGCCCUCAUACUUGCGUCACCAAUUUACCGAAACCGCGCGAAGUACAUUCAGCGGGGGAUUCUGUUACAGAUGUCGGUCCGGCCAGUGUUAUGGUGGGAAACAUUGUCCAGGGCAACCGAUUAGCCUCAGCGCAAGGACGAGACAUGGGUGUCUUAGACGAGGAUAGCGACAAUGCCAAAAAGUAUCAAUUCAUCUCUGAAAUUUUACGGUGGCGCGCUGUCAGUACUUCGGAUCAUGUGAUAUUUACAUCGUUAAAUGCGAAAGGUGCUGUGGCCACUUCAUUGUCCUGCUCGCAGCUGCAUAAAAAGGCCGAGAGGAUUGGGAAUUUGCUUCUAGAUCGAGGCAGGAUCAAUACUGGAGAUCACGUGGCGCUCAUCUUCCCACCUGGUACCGAUCUAAUAUGUGCAUUUUAUGGAUGCUUGUAUGUCGGCGCAGUACCAGUAACUAUCAGGCCACCGCAUCCGCAAAACCUUCAGACAACCUUGCCGACUGUUCGCAUGAUCGUGGACGUCAGUAAAUCUGUUCUCGUGUUGACCAACCUAAACAUCCUCAAGUUGCUCAAGACAAAGGAGGCGAAUAACGUGGUUGACGUAAAGAGUUGGCCGAUAAUCCUGGAUAUGGACGAUAUGCCAAAGAAGAAGCUGCCGGUGAUGUAUCGGGCGCCUACCGCGGAAAUGCUGGCCUAUUUGGAUUUCAGCGUCUCGACGACAGGAAUGCUCGCCGGUAUCAAGAUGUCUCAUGCGGCGGUGACUUCGUUAUGCCGCGCCAUGAAAUUAGCAUGCGAGCUCUAUCCUUCUAGACACAUUGCUCUCUGUCUAGAUCCAUAUUCAGGCCUUGGUUUCGCAUUGUGGUGUCUUAGCAGUAUAUACAGUGGACAUCAUUCCAUACUGAUACCACCAUCCGAGGUGGAAGCCAACCCUGCGCUUUGGUUAUCAGCAGUCAGUCAAUCCAGAGUAAGAGAUACGUUUUGCUCGUAUGGUGUCAUGGAGUUGUGCACCAAGGGCCUCGGUUCUUCAGUUCAUGCACUUAAGGCGCGAGGGGUCAGUCUUGCAUGCGUGAGGACUUGCGUUGUUGUCGCUGAGGAAAGACCACGGAUAGUAUUAACGACGAGUUUUAGCAAACUAUUUUCCGCCUUAGGCUUGAGCCCGCGUGCAGUCUCCACUUCAUUUGGCUGCCGAGUAAACACUGCCAUUUGCUUACAGGGAGCAUCCAGUCCGGAGCCUUCGACAGUAUACGUGGACCUUCGCGCAUUACGUAACGAUCGGGUGUCCUUGGUAGAACGCGGUAGUCCGCAUUCUCUGUGCUUGAUGGAAUCGGGCAAGUUGUUACCAGGUGUAAAAGUAAUUAUUGCGAAUCCCGAAACGAAGGGUCAAUGCGGUGACUCACAUCUAGGCGAGAUCUGGGUGCAGUCGUCGCAUAACGCAAGCGGUUACUUCACAAUCUACGGUGAUGAAAGCGAUUAUGCUGAUCACUUCAACGCGCGACUGGUUACCGGCAACACGAACGAGGUCUACGCGAGAACUGGUUAUCUCGGCUUCUUGAGAAGGACUGAGAGCGUUCAACAAUCGGUGAUCAGCGAUGUGCCCGGCGAUACUACUAACCCGGCCGAGGCCGAUCUCGUGUCGAACGAUCCGGAGUUGCACGAUGCUGUGUUCGUCGUCGGCGCUCUCGAUGAAGCCAUACUGCUGCGGGGCAUGCGCUAUCAUCCAAUAGACAUCGAAAACAGUGUCAUGCGAUGUCAUAAGAAAAUCGCGGAAUGUGCCGUAUUCACAUGGACCAAUCUCCUAGUGGUAGUGGUAGAAUUGGACGGUAGUGAAAGCGAGGCUCUCGAUCUUGUGGCUCUGGUAACGAGCGCUGUGCUCGAGGAACAUCAUUUAGUGGUCGGCGUAGUGGUCGUAGUGGAUCCCGGUGUGGUGCCCAUUAAUUCGCGCGGUGAGAAACAGCGGAUGCACCUGCGCGAUGGUUUCCUCGCUGAUCAACUCGAUCCCAUCUACGUGGCGUACAAUAUGUGAACGAAUAUGCAAGAGAAGAUUCUCACUCCCCUCGUAUUCCGCCCUCAUCCUCCGCGUCGACGUUUUUUAUCCAACGUGCCGAGAGCGCAAUGGAAUUCAAUUCGCUCCACGUACGACGAUAGAAUGAGCAAUCUUCGCGAAAAUUUAGCUAAUAAAAAUUUCUCAUUUUUGUUUGUUUUCCUGAAUUUUGUUUAUUAUGUUCUUGGUUUUUUAAAUGAGGAUUUUGUAUCUGAAUCAUGUGUAUAAAUUCUACUUAAAGUUUCAAACAUUUGAUAUCUGGAUUUGACUUUUAGAUCUGCAAUUUCGCGAACUUUUACUUUUAUAGAUUUUUUCACAAAUUCUUAUACAAAUGCGUACUUACACCGGGCAGCUUAUUUUUAGUCAGUCAGUUACCUGCACAAAAUCCAUUAUUGGAGCGAUUAAUUUGAGAUAAAGGAUAAAGGAACAAAAUAUGAAUAAAUAUUUCAAUAGGUGGAGUUAUACUAUGUCAAGGAAUGUUAAUACGCUCCAGUGAGCAAUGUGAGUAUCACCGACGAAACGUACAUACGUGCACACUAGAAAAGUUCAAUUUGCCGCAAAUUGUCUCUUGGAAAAACUGAUUAAACUGUAAAAAUCAGUAUUGUAUUACAUUAUACGUACAUGAGACACGACAUGAUAGAAUAAUUGAUGACAAAUCAUAAAGUCAUUGAUGAUAAAUGAAAUCAUAAAUUUACAAUUAUGACACCAUUCUGUUUUUAUAACCAGCGAUUCAUCGCGAAAUAUUCAGUAUAUCUUUUGACCAUUAAUAGUUUUGCGAUCCGUUUCGAAAACUUUAAUAACAGAGUAUAGACCUGCUAAAUCUCAAUAUUUGAUUCUUGCAGUUUUGCGAAGCAAAGAGCGUGCGAAAAUUUUGGCUCAUUAGGCUGAAACACGCACAACAUCCCACGAUUUUGUAUAUUUAAAGCCAAAGUUCUAUAUAACAUGCAACACACAUUUUUACAUUAGCUAUAAUUUUCAUUGCGAAGAACAAGAAAACUUUCCCCAUUGAUAGACAUAACAAAGAGUUUCGUCGCAAUGGUGAUUUGACGAUUUAUGAUGAAUUGUUCAUAGCCGAUUCUUAGUUGAUUUAUUCUAGACGUGUUUUUCUAACUCACUAAAAGUUGAACUUCAAAUUUAUAAAUUUAUUUGAAAUGUAAUCGAUCAAUACAAAAUCCUAUCAAUCUCUGCACAAAUAAGUAUAUAAUCAACUAGCUCGCAUGUAAGGAUGUAGAUAUAUUGCGACUUUAAAAAAAGGCUGCCAUGCAUACAGUUUCUUUUUUUUCUUCUUUCGUUAUACAUAUUUCAAAAAAAUGGAAAUAUUAAUUAAACGGCAUACCUUACUAGCAUAUAUAUAUAUAUAUAUAUAUAUAUAUAUAUAUAUAUAUAUAUAUAUAUAUAUGUAUGUAUGAUGUAUGUAUGUAGAUGUAGAGAUUUUUUAGAAGCGGUUUUAAUAAAAAUGAAGAUAUAUUAAAAUUGAAAAUUUAACACGCAGAGAUUUAGUAUUAACAAUUUUGUACAAAAUACAUUUCAACAGUUUUAUACAUGAACCGACGAAACUCUUAUAAUAAUUCUUAUAAUAACAUAAAUAGUUAGCGAGGAAGAUUCCUGAACUUUGUCUAGAAACGUUGAAAACUGUGUGAUCCGAAAAUAGUGUGAUUGCGAUUGUUUUCUCUUGGAAAAAACUUUUUUUACUUAUGGAUAUAUAUACAAGAAGAGAGAUAUGCGUGUUGAUAACUCUCUAAUUUUAUAUUCUAAUUUUAAUAUAAUGCGGUAUAUAACACAUAUUGUUGCGACAACUUGCGAAACAGCUCGAUUAUAAUAAUAAUCAUAUGUGCAUUUUCCGUGCGUAAAAGAUUCCUGUUAAAUAUUGCCAAUAUUAAUUAAUUAAAGAAAAAAUAACUAGAUUUUCUUACCGAUAUAGAUUUUUCAGCCCAGAAGUUUUUUUUGUUUUGUUUUGAUUAUCUUAUUCUUUUAAUUGUCAACUCGAUCGAAUUUCGAAAUAAGAUUCCGACAAAAACUUAAUUUGGAAUCAAAUUAAGAUUGACGCCAUUAUUUACCUAUUAAUCCGCGACAUUUGGAUGAAAACACGAUGGAGCGUGUUUAUGAACGGCUAGUAAACGCGAAGUAUUAUCGAUAGGCGACAACUUGGUCAGUGCAAUAUACGUAUAGUGAUUUAUAAUCCCUUGCGGAGUAUGAUUAAUUAAUUAAUCGUAUGGUGGAUUUCGACGAUUAUUCACAGGCGGCUUUUUUAUAAAUACGUAACAUGAGGGGAAAGGCUCUUUUCUUUCUCUCUUUUCUCCCCCCUCCCACCGCCUCUUACCUUCUCCCCUUUAGUUUCCUUUUCCUGUUACUUCUUCUCUUCCUUUCUCCUUUUUCACUCUUCUUGUAUCCUUUUUUUCUGUUUUUAUUUUUUCCUAUACCCUUCCAUUUUAUCUGUUCUUUCAUUUUUCUCUAUUUGAUUAUUUUUAUUUCUUUCUUUUCCUUUCAUUAUUAAGUUAUCGUGCCAUGUUAUCUUGUGUUAACUUCUGCACUUUUACGCAUGGAAAAAAUGCACGCGCCUGUAAAUAGCUACGUUUAUACAUGCUCGGUUGCACUGACAACCUCGGUUAAUUAACGUGUCAUUAAAGUGUUAUACCACUUCGUUUUUUGUCUUGUUUAAGUCCUAAUUUAUUGCAGCUAUGAUAUUAUUACAAUUGUAAACAAAGAAAUGUUAUAAAUUAACGGCAUAGUUAUUCAUCACCUUAAUUAACCAGUUAAUCAUAACUGAUCUCAUUCAUCAUGUUCUCAAUGUUUCUCUUUUCUUUCCAUUCUUUUCUCUUCCCUCUCUUUUCUUCUUUUUGUCUCUUAGCUUCCUUUUCUCUUAUUUUUCUUGCCAUAUUCUUUCUCUAUCUCCUUUCUCUCUCUUUCUUUCUCAUUUUCUCUCCUUUCUCAUUCUUUUCUUUCUUUUUUUUAUUUUUUUAUUAGUGCGACGAAUCUUUUUACAAAUUUGUAGGCGAUAUUUUCUUAGCAAAUCUUUUUUAAAAACAAAAACUUUUACAAUUAAUUGACAUGUUGGUGCAACUGGUGUUAAAAUAGCAGAAUUUAUCGAAUUGAAUCAGAUUUUAUGAAAAAGAAUUAAACUUUGCUUUUUUCAUUUAUCAGCAUAGAAGAAAAUAGUUUUAGAAAUUUUUUUUUGUGAUAGUUUGAUUUAAUCAUAAAUUUCUUCGAAUUUUGCGAUGCAGAUGCAUUACAGUAUUGACAUUUGUUUAAUUUUUUUACGAGGAAUACAGUUUCCUUGAAUAGGGAUUUAUAUGUGAAAAUAUAAUUUAUUCGCAUUAAUCGCACGAAAGUUAUCCGAUUAAAAUAAAAAUAUUCUAAAAUAAAAAUAUUCUAAAUUAAAUAAUUCUUCGCGAAGGUUCUGGGUUUUGAUGUAUCUUUUUUUUUAUGUCGAGUUUGAUUUUUUCUUUGUACGUGAAAGAAAAAUGUAAUAUUAGAUACCUCCUGAGAAAAGUAGGAAUGUGCAAUGAAUGACUUUUACAUUGGACGACUGGCUGUUGUUAUUAAUACAUGUACAAUCGACUGUAACGAUAGAUUAUUGGAUCCAUAAACAUUUAAAUUCAGAAAUAUCUGAAUCUUCUGAUUCUUGAUUUCACGGAUAUUAUAAUUAUAUAUAUAUAUAUAUAUAUAUAUAUAUAUAUAUAUAUAUAUAUCCUUAGCAUUUAACUGCGCGCAAAUUGUACGAAUCAACAUUUUAUAAAAACUUUGCAAGUAUGUAUUUUAAAACUAUAAAUCUCACGUAAAAUAAGAAACAAUUGUAGAAUAUUAUAAUUGUAGAAUAUAUAAAACGAAAGGAUAUUAAGCGGCGCGUUGGUUUAAUGGCUUGUUGAAUAUUUGCGGCUUCUUACAAAAAGUUUCCUUAAAUUAUUCCUAUAAACAUAUUUCAAAAUAUUUUAUUGAAAUACACCCGCAUAUAUGUACGAUUAAAAAAAUUUAUUUGCUCCUGAAAAAAGCUUUUUUUAUUGUUUUCGAUAAAUAAUAAUUAAAAGGGAUGCUAUCGUACAUAAAAAAUACAAAUAAUAAUUCUGAGCGUUAAAAGAUUAAUAGUAUUUUACUGUUUAUACAUAUGAUCGUCAAGGAGACAUGUGAGAUUAUUAUUUCUGUCAAAUGCAUUUAAUUUUAAGAAAAUUUUCAGUUAGAAUUUAAAGAGAAAGGACAGUGUUAAGCCUGGCCGAGAUUAAGCAUAUACUUGCGAUGCGAUAUAAAUAAUCAAUUAUAUUAGUAUGCAAUACUGAUAAUCGAUCGUAAUUAAUUGUUUGCAUUAUACAGUCAUUAUGCAAUCAGCAACGGAAUAUUACGUUAAAAUUUUAUGUUCCGCUACGCAGACUACAAAUAUAACAAUUUUUGUUAAUUUAUAUAUAUAUAUAUAAUUAUUAGGCUUUUUAAUCUCAUUGGACAAGCAUAACCGGUGUACCAGCUAAUAAGAUAAAGAAUUUGACAUGUGUUCUCAAUUUAAGGAUCCUUGCACAGUCCUAUUAGCGGGUUCAGAGCAUGUGCGUGAAUGCCUGUGUGCAAACGUGAGAGACUUGCUUGUAUUAUUGUAUAAAUGUUGAUAAUUAGUUAAUAGAAAUGUGUGACAUGUCGGAACGGAAUGUCGUGCGGAUCCGCAAAUCUAGGAUGCAGGAUUCAUCAAUCCCCCAAGCUAGAAAUCGAAUCUAGAGCCGAUCCCUCAAUCGGUAUAUAUCUAGACCAGCACAAGGCUGUGUAUAUAUAAUGCCCUGCGUUAGAAUUUAUUAAGGUAUAGUUUGUUCGUUGAACUAUACAUAUAUAAUAUCAUCAUCAUCAUCAUCAUCAUCAUCAUCUUUAUAUUAUUUUUAUCAUCAUUAUUAUUAUUAUUAUUAUAAUUAUUAUUUUUAUUAUUAUUAUUAUUUUAUUAUUAUUAUUAUUAUUAUUAUUAUUAUUAUUAUUAUUAUUAUUGCGAAUAAUAUAAUGGUCAUUUUCUUAACCAAGUCGAUAGUAUCAUCAUGCCUCAUGUAUAUCAUAUUAAACAAACAUAUUAAUACUCGUGUAUUCGUACUCGAUCUUCAAUCCUUUCAUCAUCCAUAUACUUUUCGAUUUUUUUUCAAAAUGAGAGUCAAUUUGAGAGAAGAGAUUUACAUAUUCCCUGCAAGAGCGUUUCUUACGAAAAAAAAAAAAAAAAUAUUAACACGAUAAAACUAAAUAUUUUAUCAAAUUUUUCAUUGUGUAUAUGUUAAAUUUUGUUAUUAUGUUCUAUAUAAUGAUAUCACAUAUUGAUUACAGAAUUGGUUUUAUUGUCUGGCGGACGAAUUUCAUUAAGGCUUCUAGUUCCUUAUUGACAUCAUGACUGAAUUAUGACAUCAGAAGAGAAAUCGAAUUUUAUUCUUAAGCGAAAUUAUCGUGUUCGAUGAUAUUAGAUUAAUAAAAGACGCCGAAAACUUCAUGAAUUAAUAAAUAGCUGUAAAUCUUGGUCAAUCGUUAUAAGAUUCAUUUUUUACUGAAAAUGUAGGACACGUGCAAAUAAAUUAUACAUACAUUUAUCAAUGCAGGAUAACAACAAAGGAGUUUUCGGCGUAUUUUACUAAUUCAUAGAACACGAGUGAUUUCAUUAAAAAAAAUUAUUUAAUUAAAUAAUUUCGAUGUAUUUCGCAAGAGAACAUAACUCAUAUGAUUCCUCGCUUCUAACAUCAUAAUUAAAUAUGACACAGGAGCCUUAGUUAGUAUGGAUUAGGAUUAUAAUUAUAUAUCGCGAAGGCGAUUUACAUAUUGAAUUAUAUAAUUAUAAUCCGAAUAUCACCAGAAUCGUAGAAGCUCGCUCAUGUUGUCUAUCAUAUUGAUUGAUCGGAAAAAUGCGUAUUAUCAGUGAUGAUAUAAUCACGCGUUACGCGAUAUGCUUUGUUAUUCAAUUGAUAACAAUUUGCGAUAGCGGUGCGAAGUUCGAGGAUAUAUGUUUCACGUAUUGCUGGUUAUUAUUGUUUCAUCAUAUUAUUAUUAUUAAUUGCGUGUAUUUGAAUAUUGGUCGAAUAACUUUUUUAUUAUUUAUCAAUUUAUCGAUUUAUUGAUUGAUUUAUCGUCCACAUCAAUUGACGCGACAGCAUUUUGCACCAAGUAUAUAUUGUAUACCAAUAUAUUAUUUUAAUUUUUAA